AUGGCUUCACUUUCAAGUCUUUUACCAAAACCUCGCCAGAACUUAUCAUCAACUUCUUCAGCACCACAGCUUGAAAAACAAAUCAACCAAAUAAUCACCAAAGCAACUGCUCAUCGCAUCCCUCCUUAUGGACAGCGACAAAAUUUCAGGCCUCGACUUCCUGAAGAUUUUGGCAAUGGCGGUGCCUUUCCUGAAAUUAAUAUACCUCAAUAUCCACUCGACAUGGGACGUAAAGAUAAAGCCAGCACAGAACGAAAGGGAGGUGCACUCACCCUUCAAGUGGAUUCUGACGGCAAUGUGAAAUAUGAUGCUAUUGCCAGACAAGGACAUGGUGACGAUCGUAUUAUUCACACUUCCCUAAAGGAUAUGGUGCCACUCAAAGAACGCAAAGAUGUCGAUGUCGAUAAGCUUGUCAUGGACAGACCAAGCGAAGAAGAAGUGAUGAGCGUAGCCGAAAAGACCCGUCAAGCCCUUGAACGUAUUGUCAACUCCAAAGUACAAGCAUUGAAGCCAAAGAACGUGGUAUCCACUUCAGGAGGCAACAAUAAGGAGCCCACAUAUAUUCGCUACACACCAGCAAACACUGGAGAGGGAUUCAAUUCGGGCGCAAAGCAACGUAUUAUUCGUAUGGUCGAUGCCCCAGUAGAUCCACUAGAGCCCCCAAGCCACCUGCAUAAAAAAGUGCCUCGUGGACCUCCCUCCCCACCAGCACCUGUCAUGCACUCACCUCCUCGUAAACUGACAGCUAAAGAACAAGCAGAAUGGGUCAUCCCGCCAUGUAUUUCAAACUGGAAGAAUACAAAGGGUUACACUAUUCCUUUAGAUAAACGUUUGGCUGCGGAUGGCCGUGGUCUUCAAGAACUGACAAUCAAUGACAACUUUGCAAAGUUUUCUGAAGCUCUAUAUGCUGCUGACCGUCAUGCUCGUGAAGAAGUUCGACAACGUAACUUGAUGCAACAGAAAUUAGCACAGAAACAAAAGGAAGCCGAAGAAGAAAAGCUUCGUCAACUUGCUCAAAAGGCUCGUGAAGAAAGAUCCGGUAUCAAGCCUUCAAACACCUCUACUGCCGCUGGCGAUAAAGGAGAGCCACCCUCUAAUGCCAAUAGACCCACAGCAGCUUCACUUAUUGCCAAUUACGAUUCUUCAGACGAAUCUGAAAGAUCAGAAAGUGAAGACGAAUCACCAGUCAGAAGACGUGCAUCAGAUGAAAGUGAUGAAGAAGAGGCAGCCCGAGAAAGAGAUAGACUUAGAAGAGAACGUCAUAGGCAGUUACAGAGAGAGUUACGUAUGAGCAACAUGGGUGCCGAAGCCCGAGCUAAGCAUCUUGCUCGUGAACAAGGACGUGAUAUUUCUGAAAAGAUUGCUCUUGGUUUAGCCAAGCCAACACUAAGUAAAGAAAGCAUGUUUGAUGCAAGAUUGUUCAAUCAGUCAGAAGGUAUCGGCUCUGGAUUCAAGGAUGAUGAUGCUUAUCAAACCUACGAUAAACCUCUCUAUAAUCAAUCAUCUACCUCUAUUUACAGAUACAGAGGUGAAAAUCACGAAUCUGAAGUAUUAGGAAGCACAAAUGCAGAAGAUCUCGAAAGAGCGAUAAAACAAGAUAAGUUUGGCAUGAACCGUAAAGGAUUCCAAGGUGCUGAAGGAAGUGGUGACGCCAGCGGACCUGUCGAAUUCGAAAAAGAAACAUUAGGAAAGCCAAAGACAGAACAGGAUGUGUUUGGCUUGGAUACAUUUUUGAAUAAGGCAAAGAAAGGCAAAGGAAAAAGAGCAAGAGAAGACGAGGAUGACUUUGAUAGUGAUGAAGAAAGACGCAGGAGAAGAUAA